GAGUUAAACAGUGGUCGCAUUAAGAUUUUGUAAAUACACAUAUUAGCCCCUCAAGUUAUUCACACAAAAAUUAUCCCAACUCCAAUUUACAUUCCUGAAAUCAUGGCAGAAGCAGUGAUUGGUGGAGCUUUCCUCUCUGCUUUCUUUGAUGUUGUCUUCAAAAGGCUGGCAUCACCUGAAGUUGCUAAUUUGAUCCUUGGAAACAAACUUGACAAGAAAUUGCUUCAGAGGCUCGAGACAACUUUGAGAGUGGUUAGAGCUGUGCUUAAUGAUGCUGAGAAGAAACAAACCAGGGAUUCUGAUGUCAACAACUGGCUCAAUGAUCUCAAAGAUGCUGUCUAUGUAGCUGAUGACUUAUUGGAUGAAGUUUCGACAAAAACUGUGAUUCAAAAAGAGGUAACUAAUCUCUUUUCGCGCUUUUUCAAUGUGCAAGAUAGGGGUAUGGUUAGUAAGUUUGAAGAUAUAGUUGAGAGACUAGAAUAUAUUUUGAAACUCAAAGACAGUCUUGAACUCAAAGAGAUUGUAGUGGAGAAUUUGUCAUAUAAAACUCCAUCAACAUCUCUCCAAGACGAAUCUCGUGUGUAUGGCAGGGACAAAGACAAGGAGGGCAUCAUCAAGUUUUUGUUAGAUGAUAACAGUGAUAAUGGUGAAGAAGUGAUUGUGAUACCUAUUGUGGGAAUGGGAGGGGUAGGAAAAACUACUUUAGCUCAGUUGGUGUACAAUGAUGAGUAUUUGAAGCAUGUAUUUGAUUUUAAAGCUUGGGUUUGUGUUUCUGAAGAGUUUGACAUUUUGAGGGUUACAAAGAUUAUAACACAAGCAAUUACAAGAAGAACUUGUGAAAUGAAUGAUCUAAAUUUACUUCAACUUGAUUUGCAAGAUAUGUUGAAAGAAAAGAAAUUCUUUGUUGUUUUGGAUGAUGUUUGGAUUGAGGAUUAUGUCAAUUGGGAUCUUCUUAUAAAACCUUUUCAACGUGGGAUUAAGGGAAGUAAAAUUCUUAUAACAACUCGCAGUGAAAAGGUUGCCUCUGUAGUCCAAACGGUUCAAACUUAUAGGCUAAAUCAGUUGUCGAAUGAAGAUUGUUGGUUAGUGUUUGCAAACCAUGCAUGUUUUACCCCGGGAUCUGGUAGGAAUGCUACAGAUCUAGAAAAAAUUGGCCGAGAGAUUGUUAAAAAGUGCAAGGGAUUGCCUUUAGCAGCACAAUCACUUGGAGGCAUUCUGCGAAGAAAACAUGGCAUAUUGGAUUGGAGUAAUGUACUGAAGAGUGACAUUUGGGAAUUAUCUGAAAGUGAAAGUAAGGUCAUUCCGGCAUUGAGAAUUAGUUAUCACUAUCUCCCUCCACAUUUGAAACGCUGUUUUGUUUAUUGUUCGCUAUAUCCCAAAGAUUAUGAAUUUGAGAAAAAUGAUUUAAUCUUGUUGUGGAUGGCCGAAGAUCUUUUAUUGCCACCAAUAAAAGGAAUGACUUUUGAAGAGGUUGGUUCUGAGUAUUUUGAUUAUUUAGUUUCGAGAUCAUUUUUUCAACAAUCAAGUACUCGGAACAUGUCAUUUGUGAUGCACGAUCUCAUGCAUGAUUUAGCAACAUUCCUAAGUGGAGAAUUCUUCUUUAGAUCGGAAGAACUUGGGAAAGAAACCAAGAUUAACAUCAAGACUCGUCAUUUGUCAUUCACCAAAUUCGAUGGUCUAAUCUCAGAAAACUUUGAAGUACUUGGUAGAGUAAAAUUUCUGAGAACAUUCUUACCGAUCAACUUUGAAGUUGCUGCAUUCAACAAUGAAAGGGUGCCAUGUAUCUCGCUAUUGAAGCUUAAAUACUUACGAGUUUUGUCAUUUUCUCGCUUCAGAAAUCUUGACAUGUUGCCUGAUUCAAUAGGUGAAUUGAUCCAUUUGCGAUACUUGAAUCUCUCAUUGACAGGAAUAAGGACCUUGCCAGAGUCAUUGUGUAAUUUGUACAAUCUGCAAACUUUGAAUCUGUUUGGUUGUUAUAAGCUGACUAUGCUACCAUGUGGAAUGCAAAAUCUUGUGAACUUGUGCUAUCUUGAUAUUGCUGAAACUGCAUUAAAAGAGAUGCCCAAAGGUAUGAGCAAAUUAAACCAAUUGCAUCAUCUAAGUUAUUUCAUUGUGGGCAAGCAAGAAGAGGAUAGUAUCAAGGAAUUGGGAGGACUUUCAAAUCUUCAUGGAUCUCUUUCAAUUAGGAAGUUAGAGAAUGUUAGAAAUGGGAGUGAAGCAUUGGAGGCGAAAAUGAUGGAUAAGAAGCAGAUUAACAACUUAUUCUUGGAAUGGUUUUCAAGUGAUGAUUGUACAGAUUCUCAAACAGAAAUUGAUAUACUUUGCAAAUUACAACCUUACCAAGACCUGAAAUUGCUAUCAAUAAAUGGCUAUAGGGGUACAAGAUUUCCAGAUUGGAUUGGGAAUCCUUCGUAUCACAAUAUGACUAGUCUAACAAUCUCUUCUUGUGAGAAUUGUUGUUUGCUUCCUUCACUUGGGCAACUAACAACUCUCAAGUACCUCACUAUUUCAGAUUUGAAUGGGCUAGAGACUAUAGAUGGUAGUUUCUACAAAAACGGAGAUUCUUCUUCUUCCGUAACACCAUUUCCUUUGCUUGAAUUUCUUGAAUUUGAAAACAUGCCUUGUUGGAAGGUGUGGCAUUCAUCUGAGUCAUAUGCUUUUCCUCAACUUAAGCGUCUCACAAUAGAAAAUUGUCCAAAAUUAAGAGGAGAUUUACCAGUUCACCUCCCUUCAUUGAAAACACUUGCAAUUAGAAGUUGUGAGCAUCUUGUCUCUUCUCUCCCAAAAGCUCCUUCUGUUCUUAGUUUACAGAUAGUAAAAAGCCAUAAAGUAGUUUUGCAUGAAUUACCUUUUUCAAUAGAGUUUUUAAAAAUUAAAGGAAGUCCAGUGGUGGAGUCUGUUCUUGAGGCCAUCGCCGUCACCCAACCAACAUGUGUCAAAUAUUUAGAAUUAACAGAUUGUUCAUCUGCCAUAUCUUAUCCAGGUGAUUGUUUGUGCAUAUCAAUGAAGACUUUGCAUAUAGAGGAUUUUAGAAAACUAGAAUUCACAAAACAGCACACUCACAAGUUACUAGAGUCAUUGUCAAUACACAACAGUUGUUAUUCACUCACAUCUCUCCCAUUGGAUAUCUUUCCGAAACUAAAACGUCUCUACAUCAGUAACUGUGAAAAUCUAGAAUCUCUUUUGGUAUCAAAGUCACAGGAUUUUACUCUUCAAAAUUUGACUUCUUUUGAGAUCCGCGAAUGCCCCAAUUUAGUAUCAUUGUCAAAUGAAGGAUUGCCUGCACCCAACAUGACCCGUUUUCUCAUAUCCAAGUGCAACAAGUUAAAGUCACUGCCUCAUGAGAUGAACAUUCUUCUUCCAAAGUUAGAAUAUUUCCGACUAGAAAACUGUCCAGAAAUUGAAUCAUUCCCCGAAAGUGGUAUGCCACCUAAGUUGAGAUCGAUUCGCAUCAUGAAUUGCGAGAAACUACUUACUGGUCUGUCCUGGCCUUCCAUGGACAUGCUUACUGAUGUAACAAUUCAAGGUCCAUGUGAUGGGAUCAAAUCUUUCCCAAAGGAAGGUUUGUUACAUGCUUCCCUUAAGUCUCUAACACUACUUACAUUUUCUAGUUUGGAAAUGUUGGAUUGUAAGGGCCUUAUCCAUCUCACCUCCCUCCAACAGUUAAGAAUUAGGGACUGCCCACAAUUGGAGAACAUGGUUGGAGAAACACUGCCAGCCUCACUACUAAAUCUUUACAUCAUUGGAUGUCCUUUGCUGAAAGAAAGGUGCCACAUGAAAGACCCUCAAGUUUGGAACAAAAUUUCCCACAUAAGGGACAUUGAUGUUGAUCAUAAAAGGAUUUCAUGAACUACUAUUGUCAACUGGUAAUUGUUAUGCUCUUGCAGUCUUGAUUACUUCAUUAUCUUGCAAAAUAAAAACUAUUAUUUGAGUGUAGUUUAUUUAGCCUAGUUUGAAAGUAAAGAGAUUCAUACUUUUAGUUAAUGAUUUGUUCAUAAUUCCUUUUUGUUUUGUCUUCAACAAAAAUUGUAAGUACAUUUAACUUGGUUUUGUAUUCAACAAACCUAAGAGAGUACUUAGUCUGUUCAUUGUUGAUUAUAAACAUAAAUAUGGUAAUAUGAAUAGAAAUACAUGAUAAUUAAUUAAUCACGUGUCCAAACAUUAUA